AAAGCGAGGUCGUUAGCGAACCGAGAUGGAGAUUAUGGAAAGAGAAAGAGAGAGAGAGAGAGCCGUUUGACGAGAGACGGCUUCCUCCCUCUUCCUACCAAAACAAUUUCAUCUUUCAUUUUCCCUCUUUUCUCAGUUAAUUUGGUUUCUCCUCAAUCCCUAAGAAAAACCUAUUCUACGACAAAUUUCCAACUCUCCUUCUGGAUUUCCUAAUAAAUCAGUGAAUAAUGGAGACGAGCUUGAACGACAACGAAUCACUGCUGGCUCGCAUCCACCAGUUAGAACAUGAGCGCGACGAAUUGCGUAAAGACAUUGAACAAUUGUGUAUGCAACAAGCUGGACCAAGCUAUCUUGCUGUGGCUACUCGAAUGCAUUUUCAAAGGACAGCUGGAUUGGAGCAGGAGAUUGAGAACUUGAAAAAGAGAAUAGCUUCUUGCACAAGGGAAAACCAAAAUCUUCAAGAGGAGCUUUCCGAAGCCUAUCGAAUUAAAACUCAGCUGGCAGACCUACAUCGUAAGGAGGCUGCAAAGAAUGUGGAAGCUGAGAAGCAGGUUAAGUUUUUCCAAGGCUGUGUGGCAGCUGCUUUUGCUGAACGGGAUCAUUCAAUUAUGGAGGCUGAGAAGGCUAAGGAAAAGGAGGAGCUCAUGGCUCAAAAAUUUAACGAGUUUCAGACAAGAUUAGAAGAGCUCACAUCAAAUUGUCUUGAACAAAGCAGAUGCAAUGAUACACUGCAAAUUGAUCUUGCAAAGCAAGAAGAGGAAAAUGAAUCUUUAAGGAAGGUUAUCAAUAAGUUUUAUGAGAUCAAGCAGCAAGCUAUUGGGGAAUUGGAGGAUGCUAGUUAUGAUGAAAAAUGCACUUAUCUUUUGCAUGAUCCUGCAGAAAUGUGGAGUUUCAAUGAUUCUUCCACCUCUAAAUACAUUAGUUCAUUGGAAGAAGAGCUGGAGAGAGUAAGGAGCUCUGUGGAUGACCUCCGAAAUAAAUUGCGGGUGGGUUUGGAGAUUGAAAAUCAUUUAAAGAAGAAAGUUCGUGAAUUGGAAAGAAAGAAAAUCUCUUCAGACAAAAUGAUUGUGAAUAGGGUCACAGAAUUACGGCAUUACCAUUCUCAGCAUAGAACUGAAAUCAUGAAGUUACUUGAUAUGGAAAGAUCACAUAUCAAAAGAUUUGUUGAUGUAGUAGAAGAAAAAUUUAGGCAAUUUGAUGCCAAAGGGCAAAAUGUGCAGAGUCAUCUCAAACCAGGUGAAUGUGAGUGUGGAGAUGUAUAUAUGAGUGCUGAUGCUGAAGCUGAGUCUGUAUCUGAGAGGGAUAUGGUGGACUUAAAUAUUGCUGAGAGAAAAGGUGAUACCUCAGAAGCCCUUGCACAGGCAUUACAAGAAAAGGUGGCUGCGCUGCUGCUUUUAUCACAGCAGGAAGAGAGACAUUUACUGGAGAGAAAUGUUCAUGCAGCUCUUCAGAAAAAAAUAGAGGAGCUUCAGAGAAAUUUGCUUCAAGUUACAAAUGAAAAGGUGAAGGCUCUCUUGGAGUUGGCACAGUUAAAACGGAAGUAUCAGUUACUGCAAGAGAAAAUCAGUAAUGAGAUGAAACAAGGCAAUGUUUUGGCUGAAGCUGCAAACAGAAGAAUUAUUACUUAUGAAAGAGAUGGAAGGCUAAGAAAUCUGCUAAAGAAAACAUAUCUUAGACGCUGGGUUGGUGCAAUAGAUGCAAGGGAAAGUGAAGCUGAAGCUCAGCCAAGUAGCAUGGAUUUUGCUAGGAUGAGGAUUGAAAAUGCUACACUUAAGGAGAGUAUGGAGAGUAUGGAUCACCUGACUUCAACAGUUCGUAGACUGCGUCUUUCGCUUCUUAAGGUAACGGAGUCAAUUACUUCUGAAGGUGCAGAUAGUAGUUCAUCAGAAGCUCUUGAUGAGAUUGUUACAGAGGCAAAACUUGUGAAGACUGCCCUAGGCAGCUUCCUGCCGGUUAGUUGGUCAGCUGAGGGAGAUGGUGAAUUAAUUCGAGAAAAUAUGGGCAGUGAGGCGGGUAAUAUUUUUGAGGAUUCGAGGAGUGAGAAAAUAGAUUCAGUUUCCGCUGCAGGGUUUGAGAUGGUGGAUCUACUGAUACUUGCUGCUCAGAUAUUAAAGGAAAGAACCAGAACUGACUCUUUAAGUGGAAGCUGAUAUUAUUCAUGUUCAUUUUCCAACCUUGGUUUCAGCUGAUACUUGUGGUGCCUUGUAUAGAAGAACAGCCCCAUCAAUGGGUAUCUUAGGAGAGGUUGCAAAACAAAGGUUCCGUUUCAGCGCUGCAUUGGGAGGGGAAAGAUAACGAAAAUUUGUUCUUCAUAGGGGGAAUUUCAACAUCUGUGCCUGUGCGGCUGAGGAAGUCCAUGACUUGUCAAAGAUUAAUUUAUUUGUAGUUAUUAAUGAUGUAAAAGGGUGUUCUCAUCAGAGAGUGGAGAGCAGCAUUCUCCCUUCUCCCCAUACCAUACCAUACCAUACCAUGCAUCUCUGUAAUUAAUCUGUUGCUUACAUUAUGUACAGUGAUUUGUUGAUUGC